AAUGGAAACGAUGGCGAACUCUGAGGCAGAGAUGGAUUACGAAGAAAUCUAUACAGCAUCAAACACCUUGGAUGCCUCUGCUAUCUUCCACACCAUCUACGACGUCGUAGGCUUUGUUCUUUACAUGCACCAGCAAAUCCCCUCCACGGUGCAGGAUAUGAGCGUUGAAUUUGAUGCAAUGCAUUCGGAGUAUAAGGAACUGGAGAUGGCUUUGGAAACUCAGGUAAAGGCGUCGUUUCGUAGAAAGCAUGUUAGCAAAAUGAGGGACCUCAAGGUGGGAAUCAAAAGAUUGGAUAAGUUUAUGAAUUCACUUUUGAAUAUACAAACUGCAAUUAAAAUCGUGAUCAACGAGGUUCCCUCUAUAGACGGUGUCGUUUUAGCUCUUGGAGCUAGCCCACUUCGACCUCAGCACAUUUAUGUCUUGAAUUAUUCCCAUGAAAUUGCUGUUUCCGAGGUUGCUGAUGAUUUUGCUAGGACUAAAGCAGUUGACGGUCUUUCCAGAAAGGCAAUUCGGACAUUGAUAUCAAAGGGCGUUGGGUCUGUUACCUAUCCUGGUCCUGUCAAAUUGUUUGUGUUAAUUAAGGCCCCUUCUUCUUUCAAUCAGCCUAUGCAUUUUCUGCCUAAACGUGAUUUUAGGUAUAAUAGAAAGGUUGUGCCUCUCGGGUUACUUUUUAAGUGCCGAAACCGGGAUCAGGAAGUGGCUGCUCCUACUUCAGAAGAUUUGAUCUGGUUUCAAUGCCGGCACGUGAUCAAAGGCCUCGCAUUGAACACAACGCCAGAAGAAUGAAAUCCUCCGCUCCAAAUUAAGAUAGGAAGAACAUGUUGUUAAUAUGACUUAUGCUUUAAUAUAAUGUAUCCUUGAUUCGGUUUCGUUAUGAUGUGAACUUCUUAAGCUUGGAUGUCAUUAUCAUUGUAACAUUUUAGGCCAUGUUAUACUACAUAUGUUGGACAGGUAAGAAACGUUAUGCAUCGGAGGAUUUAUAUUUUAAAAUAUAUGCUGUAUUGGU